GAAGAUAUAGGCGUAUCAAAUCUUAAACAAUUAGUGGACCCCACUCAAGAUGAAGCUGUAGAGCAAUGUAGUCAAAAAAAUUUUGGAACUAAUUAUGGCAAAAAGGAUAUUUACUUGGCUGAAAAUGAUCAAUCUAGAAAUUCAACAGACAGCCGCCACAAAAAACUAUUGACAUUAGAUGGCAUGGAUAUAGUUCACCAAGAAGCGAGCCUAUAUAAUAAAAAAAUGCAAGAAAGCUCAGGUCAAAAAGUUUCUGAGGAGAAACUAGAAGAUAAUUAUUGUGAUUGUG